GAGUCGCACCCACCCAGAGCCGACCGACUGCUGCAGCAGCUGAUCCGCUCUCGCAACACAACCGCACUCACGGAGCCCCUUCCGUACCCUUUUCGAACCCCACGAUGGCCCCGUGAGACCCUGAAAUGCUCCUCAGGGUGCUGGCCGUCUGUCUUCCGCUGCUCGUGGCCGCCUUGGCCGCAGACUUGCCUCCUCUGGAGGUGCGAGACGUCAAUGAUGGAGACGUGGUGCCCUUUUCAUUUAGCAACACCUCUGGAUCACCGGAUGAUCUACUGGUAGAGGAAAUCAAGGUUCUGCCCGUUCUUGGCAGAGUAACCCUGACCACGCCGAAUCUUCCACCCUUCAUUCGCUUCGUGCUCUUCCAAGCGCACUCGCAAAUCUACAAUGUCACCCUCGCGUACAAUGACACCUUGCUGCCCACAACGCACGUCAAUGGUACCAACGUAGGCCUCUUGGUGCAGCCAAAGGCCAACAUGGCGCAGGUCGAGCUGUCUAACUUCAACAUUGAGACAAAUGUCAGCGUUCUCAUAGUCGUCAGUAUUCUUCGAGUUGAAGAUCCCAUUCCUGGAGGUUGUAACAUGGAGUUCAACACCAAGUUAGCUCCAUACCUUUCAGUCACCUACACGAGUGAUAUGAUUACCAUGAAAAGCCAGCUAGCUGCUCCGCCGUUUCCAUAUUCAUGCAGGUCAAAUCUGCUCGACUAUGAUGUCUACCAUUUGUACCUGGAAGAACGAAACUACAGCCAAGGGGCCUACUUUGAUGGCAUUCGGAAGAUGCUCACUCCCAGCAGGAUUGCAGAGCAUGGCAAGCUGGUGCCUGAAAUUAUUGGUAGGCCCACAUUACAGCGAACGUUUAGUUCGUAUCCUGGUACUGGAUCUGUUUACGCCGUCGUCGUGCGGUAUGACAAUGAAUUUGAUGCCGCCUACGUCCCUGCAGCCACAUAUGCAUGCAGCAUAGUCUUCUGGAAUGACACUUGUGAUGUCCUCACUUCAACAUUCUCCAAGCUGUUAUGUGCUACAAUCCUUUUUCUGGGGGUUUUCAUCUGCUUUGCUGGUCACUACUUUUUCAAGGCAGAGAUGUUCAUCUUUGGUUUUUUAUCUGGCGGGCUAAUUGCCUACAUCUUGGUCUCCCUGCCAGGAAACUUUGAUUUUGAGGGACAUUUGGCCAUAUCUGUCUUGAUAGGCGCAAUUUUCGGUACCUUUUGGCUGUCACUGUGGUGGUUCUACGGCAUCCCGGCCAUUUCCACUUUACUGAUCACACUCACCUUGGGCUACCUUGUUGCUGCGACGGUAUUUUUCUCCGGAGCAGCUGACGUGCCCGUGUUUCAAAAUGAAAUCAACUAUUGGACCGCGUUUUUCUGCAUAGUCGUGGCGGUGCCGAUUUUCAUGGCCAUGGCCGCGCACGUUGCAAAUAUCAUCGCGUGCAGCAUUUUCGGCGCAUUUGCCAUCAUUGCGCCGAUCGACCACUACGUUGGAUCCAAUCUCAAGUACAUAAUCAUCAACAACGUGAGAAAAGCGGCCAACCCUGACUUUAAAACAGCGAUCAUCGACCCUCCUUAUCAAACGAGAGAUCUCAUCUUGAGCGUCGCCUGGGGCGUGCUGGCAAUUCUCGGGGCAUGUGUGCAGCUGUACCUGCACAAGAACAAACCACCCUUCCCGCCUCCACCUCACACCGUGCUGCUGGAUCAACGCGAGCGUCUUGCGUUAGAAAAUGAGCCUCUUCUGCGGGGACAGCCGACUCACUCAUACGCGUCUGUGUCCGUCGGAGACGACAGCGUUUUUGCGUCUCCGCGCGCUGGACCCUCAAGUGCCGGCCAGGAGGGCAACUAACCAAGUGCCAUUAGUAUUGAAAGAGGGUGAUAUUGAAUAAUGAAUGCUGUUUGUAAAAAUGGGCCACAUUUAUUUACAAGAUAUUAAUUCAUUUAUUGGUAUCUUGUCGCUACACAUAGUUGAUUUUUAUAAUUAUUAUUUGGCUACACUCGCUACAACACUUAUUAUUUUUAUAUUGUUGUUAUACAGUAAUCACAGGAUAACAUCUUAUUGCAAAUCAAACAAUUUUGUCAAUAAACAAAGAGAACAAAAAGGUCUCUAUUUUAUACACA